AUGACCUCUUCUGCUCUCGGCGCCUCCGGGUCCGCAACAUCCAAUGGCAGCUCUAUCGGCACGCUCGCAAACGCUCAGAAUACUGUAUGCCUGGGGGACGGACUCGACUCGUCUGUCGACGGAUUAUUAUCCACUCUUGUACUUACUACGGUUGUAGGAUUACUCAUCUGGCUCUUAUUUGCUGCUUUACGACCACGUUUUCGACAAGUGUACGGUUUACGAGAGUGGUUUGUGCCCGAAGAAACGCGCCCGAAGCCAUUGAGGAACACGUUCUGGGCGUUCCUUUUCCCUCCCGUGCCACUGGUCCCUUCUGUGAACAAGAGCGUGGACCACGCCGGUCAGUCUGCCGGACAGGACGCCGAAAUAUUCCCGUCGGACGAGCAGCUCGCUCAGCGCACGCUAUGGCAUGCUUUCCGCAUCGUCUUUGGAUGGACCAUCCUGGCUCUAGCCGCCGCUAUACCUCUAUACCUCGUCAACACACCCUGUCUGGAGUCCUCCAGCGCACAACCGACUCUCGGCGGACAGUACUCAACACUCAAUGAUCUCAGCUUCCUUCGCCUUCUCAGACUCGUUCAAGACGACUCCAUCAGGACUACCACCGUGGGAUUCGCCGUCCGCGACCUCGUCGCUCGUACCGUUGUGAAUGGAACGGAUUAUUUCUGGAGAGCGCGCAUCCGCGUCAUCAUUCUCGCCGCAUUCCUCAUCGUUCUCGGUGUUCUGCCGGCGUUGAUCAAGUUAUUGAGAGAGUACCAUCGUCUGGCAAAAUACCGUCGUCGCUGGACAGAUGUGCAUCUUGAAGGCCUUGAGAUGGCAUGGAUCAGCAGCCGCAGUGCGCCAGGUUUUGCUGGCUGGGGCGAGAUGCAGAUCAAGGAAUUUAUUCACCGUACGGGCCUAGGUUCCACUCUACUCGGCGCACAACAGCCCCACACAUCAGGUCGCUCAGGCGAGGAAGCCUUCCCUGAAAUCGAUAUCGAGCGCCUGUACACGAUCGGCGAUACCAGCCACCUCGAUUUUCUCGUCGCGGAGCGCGACGCUAUUCUCGAACAGCUCGAGAUGGCAGAGACGAAAUAUAUCAACUCCUUCCGGCUCACCUCCCCUGAGGCGUCCAUCGAAGACUUACAGCGUCCCACAUUGGACCCGGCUCCUGAGGGUCUUGCUCAUAUCAGCCGACCACGUCCGCUCCAACCAAAGAAGGCCAGACGACAUAAGCAGGCGACCAGCUCGUCCAACGGGCAUGAGUACGCGCCUGUGUCGUAUGUUGCACCGUCCAAGUUCUACCAGGUCAGCGUACCGAGUGUGUCAGGCUCAGGUAGUGGGCGCCCUGGCGUGGGGCCUCGUCAGCCUAGCUUCACGGACAGUGUCAACCAGCGCGUAAUCGGCACGCGUUUUCAGGAGAUGAGCGCGACGAACAUGAACCGCUCGCGCUCGCGCAGCUUACUUGGGUUUCCUCUCGGCCCACGUGUACGUGCCUCUGGCGAGCACUUCCGUCCUGUGUCGCCCGUCGAACCCAUUCCGGAUCCGUCGCGUUAUGGCCCGAACUUCGUAGAGGGCCAAGACGAUGAUACUACCGAGCCGACCGAGGGUGAAGAGUGGGUCGACGUCGCACACGAAGCACCGAUAGACUUUUCCCGUCCGUCACCCGUCCCUGGCGAGGACAUGUCGCGCGAGCCAUCACCACCCCCGGAUUUUCCUAGUCAUAGCAACGGUAACGGCACAGGCAAACGCUCAAGCCUAUCCAGCACGUUCAAGUUUAUACGCCGACCGAAGAUCUUCGGCCCUACGCCGAGCGAGCAGCGAGAAAGUAUACCCUUGCGACCGGCACCCUCGGGGGCCGAAGCACCCCCACCUCACCUGCGUCUGCAGCGGGCGCCGCCGUUUGUACGGCCAUUGACGGGCUUCGACCACGAUGCACUUGGGGAGGUGUAUGCCGAUAUUCGCGCGUGGAGGACGAGGUUGAAGGCUGUCAACGCAGAAGUUGAGGCUGCUCAAGGAGAAGCAUACGCGUCUAUUGGUGAAGGUGUAGACGUGAAGGGGUGGAUCCUUGUGGGACGCGGAUUGCGUUAUCUACCAGGCGCAAAGUUGUUCGAGGGGCGAAGUAAGGAAGAUGUGCGAUGGGACGUGCUACAGCUCACACCCGGUCAACGGAAGCUGCGAUGGCUCGUAUACUGGACGCUCGUGAUACUUUGUGGCUUUCUCCUCACAGUUGGAUUGGCGGCCGCCGCUGGCCUUGCACUCGCACCUGUACCGAACUAUGCGCACUAUGUACCUUUCCUGGGCGCGCUGAAUAACGACAACUUCACUUCGGGCCUGGCGACGGUUCUUGCGCCUGCGGUCGGUGCAACGUUGUUCAUCCUUGCCGCACUCAGCCUACUGCAAUGGGCUUCGCGGUUCGUCGCAACUGUAUCGGUGUCAGCUGGCGAGCUCCUCGUCACACAGACGGCGUUCUAUGUUGUCCUUACUGUCGCUGUUAUGUGGCUCAUCACCGCGGGAGCCCUCAUUUUCGCCACACACACUUUUGCAGUCAUUCCUGGAGGCGAUGCAGGUUCUGUCGCCGAUGGAAGCGUCUACAUCUCGAUCCUGGUGCUCGCUAUCAUACUCAACUUUGCUUUCAUCGCUCCCGGAUUGCUUAUGCUUCAGCCUAUCCGCCUCCGCCGCGUGUUGCGCACCUACAAGGCAUCUACAACACCACGCCAGCGUUUUCGCGCUCUCUAUCCACGCCCGUACAGCCCCGUCUUCGCGCUCUCGUGCGCGGUACUUGCCUUCACUUUCGCGUCCACUUUCUCCCUCAUCUUCCCACUGAUCGGGCCAGCGAUCUGCAUUCUCCUACUGCUCACUCUGAUCGCGCAUCGAUACCUCGUCGGAUACGUCUACGGCCGAACGCUCGCGCAGACAGGAGGCGUGCUACAGUUGUGGCUGACGAAGCGCUUCGCAUCCGUACUGGCGCUUCAGCCGUUUCUCAUGGGACUGGAGCUGCUCACGCGGCGAUUGUGGCCUGAGGCGGGGGCGCUUCUCGGUUCGGCGCUCGUCGUCGUGCUUCUUGUUGAAGGCUUGACGUUCUUCCUCACGAGACGCAAAUCCGUGCGAUCACUCCACCCUGUGACGCGGGAAGCCCUGGCUUCUUUUGUGCGCGUUGCGCGCCCAAGGAAGAACACCACCUACAGCGAUGGGAGCAUCAGCGCGGAGAGCAGCCAUAGAAACGGCGGACCGCGCGGUAGCUACGCGAGCGUGCUGGACAUGAUGAAUCAGACGCUGGCUAUGCCAACAAGCGCAUAUCAGACUCGCUCACCAGUGCCACUACAAACCGAAGCCAUCGACGACCUCACGCAGACGGAAUUUGCCGCGCGCACGCACCCGGAUGCCCCGCCGCGACUCCCUGCGCUGCCCUGGACGGCAGCGGCUGCUGGCGAGGGACAGAUGCUGUACGCGCCUGCUUUAUUGGCACCGCCACCAGCGAUAUGGUUACCUGACGAUACUGCGGGUGUCGCGCGCGGCGAAGCGUUCGACCUGGAGAGGUAUCACGGCCUGCGCGCCGUAUUGGACGUCCGAAGCGUACAGGACAAGAGUGCCAGGAGGCGAAGCGCUGCACAGGGUUGA